GAAAAUAUAAAUUUGAUUACAUAAAAUUUUUAUAUUUACGGAACAUUUUACUUUCAUUUUGAAUUAUAAAUAAAAAACAAGAACGAUUUGAUAUGAUGGAGUGCAUCACGUGUAACAAAAAUAAUAACAAAGGGCGUCUCGUGGCUGAGUAUCCUUAAUCGUGGUAGUCUCGUUCUAAAAAUAUAAAUGAUUCGUCAAAGAGUGAAAUAUUUCAGAACCGUCCAUUUGAAAAUGGAGGAAGAGUGCAUGGAGCGAAAAAAUGUCGCCUUUAGCGUGAUGUUACCAUCAAAGGGGCGGAAAAGGAGAGUGAGAAAGAAGUCGUUUACCGAGGCUGUGAAAGAAAAGUACUGCAUGAGCGACCCAAACAAAAUCUUUACAUCAGGUUUUGUUAUCGAUAUAAAGGUGACAGGCAAACCUAAAAUAAGUGACUCUGAGGCAGAACUGGCAUAUUUGAGAAAUGUGGUAUUGACCAACAGUUCUGUUGGUCAUGCUGGAGUGCCAAAUGAAGGUUUGUCCACUCUCUGUCCAAAUGUAGUUGACCUUGACCUUUCAAGCAAUGCCCUUACAGAUUGGAAAGAUAUGCUGACCAUCUUGUCUAACCUACAUUGUCUUAAAUUUGUCAACUUGGCCAGAAACAAUUUGCAAAAUAAAGAGAAUGUCAUUCAGUCUUGGAGCACAUCCCUUCCCCAGAUUGAGAACCUGGUGUUGAAUGGAACAUACACCAGUUGGCAAGAUGUCAUUGAUUUGUCCAGAAAGAUUCCAUCCCUGACAGAGCUUCAUGCCUGUGAAAAUGAAUAUGAAGAUUUAGACCACACAGAAGACAUCUACAAGCAUUUGCAGAACAUCAACUGUCUCAGACUCAAUAACAAUAAACUCAGGAGUUGGGAAGAAAUUUGGAAACUGAAAAAUCUACCCAAAUUAGAGUCCUUGAUUCUAUCUGGAAACCCCAUACAGCACAUCUUUUAUAAAGAAAAUGAGAAUUGCAGCAUAUGCUCUCAAGACAACACAAACGAGAAUACAGAAAAUGAGGGAGAUGUUUCAAUGGAAAUGCAAGACCUAGUGGAUGACAUCGUGUAUGAUGUGAUUCGGUUAACAGAGAGUGCUGUUACAGAGGAGGCAGACAAAGGCUCACAGUGUGUGGACUGCCAGCACGGCAACCCGUUCUCCAGACUCAAGUUGAUAUGCCUGAGUGACACUCAGCUCAACAACUGGACUCAUUGUGGUGAACUUAGAAAGUACCCUGCUCUUGAGUCUCUCAGAAUCAAGGAUGUGCCUUUGGUGAAGGAAGUGAAUCCUGAUGACAGAAGAAAACUUCUUGUUGCACACAUGCCAAACAUUAGGAUACUGAAUGGAAGUGAAGUUACCCACACCGAGAGAGACAAGUCCGAGAGACAUUUUGUCCGAUACUUCACAGACAAAAAACACAAGCCUGACAGAUUUCAUGAGUUAAAGGCCAAGCAUGGUCAACUCCUUCCCUUGAUGGACAUUGACAUAAGUGGUGGAUAUCAGGAGUGGAUCAACAUCGCAUUCAUUUACAAUGACAAACGCCUUGAACAAAGGGUUCAUGUGGUGGAUCCCAUUGGAAAACUUAGGCUCAUGGUUGCUGAAAAAUUCCACCUCUAUGCCUCGUUGCGUACUUUUAAGUUGCAUCAUUAUGCAUGUGGCCCCCACCAUCGAGAGGAGGAGCGGUUCUUUGAGGAGCUUAUCAUGCAGACAGAGUCCCUCCCAAUCAGUAGAUUUGAUAUUAUGGAUGGGGAUGAAAUAUAUGUGGAUCCAAUAAGGGACGGAUUUCUGAACCCAGAGGGAAGUCUUCAGUAUUUCCUCAUCACCAGUUACAUCACAAUGUAACAAUAGGGGGUAGCAUUUGUCCAUAGAACACAUCUGUGAAAAAUACUCCCAAGAGAGUGCGAAUAUGGAACGUAUUAACUGACGUAGUCAUCGUACUGAAAGAAGGAAAUUUUUUAUCAAUAUCAAAAUAUUUCAAACUACUUUAUUUUUUUAUAGUGAACUUUGUGAUAGUUAUUGUAAUGUCCUUACAGUUUUAACUUACUUUUUAACUAAGCUUUUAUUGAAUUUUCAGGCUAAUCUUUCUUGGCAUUUUAGUUACAUGAAGAUGACAUACUUUACGAACAUCUACAUGUACCAAAACCAAAAAUCUGUGAUAUUUCAGGAUGUACAUGUAUUUAUUUUUGGGGAUGUUGAUCACAUACGAAAACUAUCAGUACAAGUGACUUUACUUUUCGUCCAGCAUUUACAUAAAAGGCAUGCAAUGCCAUACAAAUGGCUUUCAACAUUAAAAGAGGAACUAGCAUCUUUGCAAUGCACAAAGUUCCCUCCCUUGUUAAAUUUUUUUAUUGCAUAUAGUGUAUAUAGUGUUCUCUACUUGUGAAUAUUUUGUCCAUUUAGGCACAGUUAGAAAAGGGUGUUUUUCAAGUCAUCUGUGUAUAGUAAAUAAAACAAUCCCUUUGACAAAAUGUAAGCAGAAAAAAAUGCAUAUUUCUUUUGUAGAAGAUUCAGAUUGAGAAUUCCCAGUCAUUGAGUUCUAAUUUUGACUAGUUAUAAAUUAGUGUAGCCAAUUUCCUGCACAACUCUCAAAAUAUCAUUCCACAUUUUGUAGUUUCAUGUAUACACUGUUUGUGUGAUUUAGCUUGUGUGUCCACUACAAUUAAUACUUUCACACUUAGCAUAUAUUAACACUGCACCUUGGUACUGUAAAAUAGCUGGUUUUACAAUACAUGUAAUUGUGUAACAGCUAGUAACACUUCCUUCAAAGUCUAUUUAGUCAAGAGUGAUUUCAUUUCCCAAAUUAUGGUAAAAAUAUCUAAGCAUUCAAGAGUAAAAAAUUGAUUUUGGUAAUUUUGAUGGUUCUCAAUAUCAUUUAAACAAUGCAUUGUGAUUAUUGUAAGCUGCUGAACACAAGUACAAAUAAACAUUAACAGAUAUUUUCUUAUUAGCAUAAAACUUUCCAACUUCACUUUAGUAGUGUAGUCAUUAAUAAUACAUGUAUGUAGAGAUUUGUACCAUAUUUUGAAUACAAAAUCAAAUGCUUUUUCUGCAAGUAUAAACUAAUACAUUUGAAAAGAAUCAGUUUAACAGUGUCUUCUUGUUUUAUGAAAGUCAUGUUGAUUGUGAAAAUGACAUAAAUUUUAUGAAAGAUGAGGAUUUCAGCACUUACACCAGUGUGAAGAAAUUACUUGUUAAAGAAAUUGUUUACAAUGACUUUAAAUCUUUGGAACUAUUUUGGGUCCUAAAUGUCUUUUUUAUGUGUAUUUGAAUAGAUAUUCAGGUUUGUUGUUUAUAAAGGCAAAUCAUAUGAUUGCCUGUGAUUGUUAUAUUUUUUUGUUUGAAACCCUGCUAAACGUUUGCCAACAGAGAAAUUUGUAUUGUGACCUUGACAGGAGAAAGCAUCCUUACAGUGCUAAAUCUCCUAACUAUACAUAUCACGAAUUAUGUAGUAUUCCAUUUUGUGUGAUGAUUUUAAGUGAAAUACUAAAUAUAUACAAAUAAAUAUUUCUGAUAGUA